AUGAGAAGGAUUUCUCAAUUUAGAGAUAUGCCUUUUAUAUCGCCUUACUCUGAUUUUUCAGAAUUGAGGUCUGGCACUCCAGAGAAAGAAAAGCAUGCAUUUGGUGGUGUUCACGAGAUCUUGAGCCUCACCGGCGAUAGGGACUCUGUUUUCCAGCAUGAAGCAUAUCACAAUUCCCAGUUGAUAGAAAAGGAUGUAAUGUCGUGUGUUGCACUCAUAAAUUUGGUGUUUUUACCUCCGGCGAAGUUGAUCUUCUUAUUACUUCCAGUUUCAUCAUUGCCGUGGAUACAUUUGAUACUUUAUAUAGCUUGUGGCAUGAGUGUUGGAAUCAAGUUGUGA